GGCUUUGGCUUGGCCAAGUGACCCAGACGGUUACCACACUACCAUCUGCGGCCGUCUCGAACACUAUCGCAGAAUCCCGUCAAUUCUCCAACUCACCAUGGACGACUCAACGCCACCUCCCGGCCCCAAUGGCGGAGGGCCGAUUGACAUUCACCAACCCUUCACCCCUGGCGAGCGCAUCCAACAGCUCAGCGAGACCGACCAGGACAUCGCCUCCCUUCUGGUCCAUCUCUCAGCCGCCAUGCGUGCCCUGGCCACCCCUCCGGGGACCACCGUUUCCGAAACCGGCAACAACAACAACAGCAGCAACAACAAUUCCAGCACGAUUGCGACCGGCGAUCCAGACCUCGAAUCCUCGGAACCCGCCCCGGCCACCGGCAACGAUCCGGUGUCUGCCUUCAACGCAGCUCAGACAGCCUUCUUCAACACCCUCGACCGCGUUGACAAGCACCUGACCCGCCAGAUCCUCGCACUCGAAGAGGCGGGCAUCAUUACGCUUAAGAAUACCGCAGCCGGAUCCGGGACGGCGGCGGGUACAGCGGCGGCAGAGGGGACCCCGCAGGGCGGCGAGGGGGCGGCGGGGGGCCCGAGUGGCACACAACAGCAACAACCGCAGCAACAGUCGCCGGAGGGAGGGGCAGGUGACGCGGCCAAGGCAAGGGUUGCCGGGCCGAGGAGGCUGGAGCCCGACGGGAUGGGCAGGUAUGGGAAUCUGGAUGUGGGCAAGCUGAACAUGGCGAGCAGCACGGUAGAGAGGGAUAUGGAGCGGGAGCUGUGGCGGAGAGCGAGGGAAGAGCUCGCCAAGGUCGUCGGUGAUGCCGGGGGCGGGGGUGGAGACCCGAUGGAGACGUGAGUCGAGUCAGUAAGGAUCACUUCUAUUCUUCUUUGGCGUUUGACCGCUUGUAUUCUUUCUUUCUUCUUUGGACAAGGGUGGUUGGAGCUAUGGCGUUGAUAAAGAACGGCCUGGUUGUGGCCGGCGGCAUGAAGAUACCCUUGGGGCAGUCGGGAUACAUCAAUGAGCGGUGAGUAUAUAGAAAAUUAUCAUUUUCUCUGUCUGCAGUAAUAAAUGGGCUACUAGGUGCACCCUCUUAUCCGCAGUUUCUCGGCUUCCUCCCCCUUCUCUGAACCGCUCUCGAGUUGUCACGAUCCUCAGGAGGGCAAAGAGUUGCCAGGUUUCUCAACGAACAGCGAAACGGCCGUCGAUGCCUAUUGCGCCUCGCGAAAUUAGGC